AUGGGUAGCGCAUGUAUUCGUGCUGCUAGACACGACGUUGUUGACGGGAGGCACCCACAGGUGUCCAUCAAAGAGAUCCCCUCAUACCUUCUGUUCUGGAAUAGCCAGGUGCGGUCUGCGGAUCUUCACUCAACAAGUAUGAUCAGUACCGCAGAUACCUUCAGGUCUGCCCUUUUAGUUACUAUGGAUAGUGAGCGUCAUGAUCAGCAGAGUGGUUCUCUGAGUGGGCUGAGUCUCUUAGAGCCCCUCAAAUCGAGUAGUGGUAGUGGUGAGGCACACUCUGCAGGGUGGCUCUAUGCCCCAUACUUUACGGGUGCCGCAAUGCAGCGUGAGCAACGGCUGAAAGAGAUCUCGUGGUGGUGA